AUGUUUGGUCUGGGGCCAUGGUUGUACAAUUUCUCUCAAAUCCAGCGCUCGGAGAUUACGCUUGAUAAUUUAACUUCUGUUCCCUCUCCUUAUACAGAACUUGCAAUUUUUGGAUUUUUCAAGGCAGCCGAGGUUUUGUCUUUUAUUGGUGGUUGCAUUGUUCAUCCGAUAUAUCGUUUGUAUCUCAUAAAAAAUAUCACUCCUGAAACAGCUACAAACAAUACUACUAAAAUAAUAAGAGAAACAUGUAGAAAAUUACAGGGUCGCUUUCUUUUAGCAAGUUUUCUGAUUGGCCCACUUGGUUCAUUGGCUUAUGUGAAUUAUUAUUCCAUUAAUGUGCGAGAAGCAAAAGAAGUUUGUUAUCAAAUUAGGUGCAACGAGAAAAUGAUGGUCUGGGAUCGCACUGCUGUUUCAUUAGGACUCCUAGGAUGGUACUGGAAACGUUUUAAAGGGGCUGUCGAUGGUGUAAACAUAGCUUCAGCAUAUGCUGCUUAUUAUUUCACGGUUUGUGCCUGA